CUAUCUAGAUAGAUAUGGAAACUACCCUGCGAAGAUUAUUUUGUAUAAAAUUCAUGCUGGAUUUUAUGUUUGAUGUAUUAUUAACAAUUUGUGUGAUCUAAGUGGUUGAAUCUACGAGAGUUUAUUAGCGGUGUUUAUUUUGUAUUUGAUUUUAAAUCAAUAGUGUUUGCAAAAAUUUUCGAUUGACUUAAAUAUUGUGUCAACUAGUGUUAUAGUGUCCUUUGAGUAAACUUAUAAUCCUUGAGAAAUUGUCAUAAAAAGAUUAAACAUGUUUUCAUCAAAGACUGUUACCAUUGCUGCCAUCAUUGUCGUCAUCGCCAUGUGCUUUACAACACCAACAAAUGGCAUCCCUGCCAUCGGCUAUGGAAAAAGAUUUGACACCAUGAGUGGAUUGGAUUAUAUUCAAGUUUGUCUUAAUAAUUGUGCUCAGUGCAAGAAGAUGUUUGGUGACUAUUUCCAAGGGCAAACAUGUGCUGAAUCAUGCUUGAAGUUCAAAGGAAAAGCCAUUCCAGAUUGUGAAGAUAUUGGAUCCAUUGCGCCAUUCCUCAACACCUUCGAGUAAUAAUUUUAAUAUGUAAAUGACCAUAAAUGACAAAAAACAUUUACUGUACUAUAAAACACUCUGGAUCGACUUCAACGAGAUUAUUUAUAUAUUUAUAUAGGCUUAGCAAUGGCUUUAAUGUAUGUAGUUUGUAUCUUAUAGUCAUAUGCUUAUUUUGUGUUGCACUCGUUUUCUUAAAAUAAGAACAAAACCAUUAAUUGAUGUAUUUAUUAUAAUUUAUUUCUAAAAAUUAAAUGUCACCUUAUAUAUAGAGACAGUAUUAACUUUAAGAGACUGCAUAGUUCCUAUUUACAUUUAUAAGUUUAAAGCAAAACGUAUUAUUAAAAAAUGUAAACAAAAUAAAGU